AUGGACAACCCUCCGUUGAGCAAGUACUUUGAUAAAAUCCGGUUUGUGUUUUUCACCUCCUUCAUUUUUUGUAUGUCAUUACUUCUCUGGGACUAUUAUAUGGCUGUGAGUGAUCGUGGCAUUACAUUUUUACCAUCAAAUUCUUCUUUCAAUUAUAAUGAAAAUGCCGAUUGUCCUAGAAAAUUUAAUCAUACCAAUCAAAAUAGUGUAUCAAGUGGGGCCUCCAAUAUACCAAGGUACAUUGUAGAGAAUCACACAGAGACCAUAGUUCCUGAAGCACAUGGUGAAGUGGAUAAGAGAGUCCACAUGAGUUCCCCUCCUUUGAAUAGAGACAAUGUUGGACUUGUUUCAAAUUUGUCCACUAGAAAUUUGGAUUCUUGUUCUGGUCAAUAUGUCUAUGUUUAUGAUCUUGCUAGCAGGUUCAAUGAGGAUUUGCUGAAGGGGUGUCACUCUCUCAUGAAGUGGGAUGAUAUGUGCCCUUACAUGUCUAACUUAGGCCUUGGACAGAAGGUUAUUGAGAAAUCAAAGGAGAAGGCUCUAUUGAAGGAAAGCUGGUAUGCAACUAACCAAUUUUCACUUGAGGUUAUUUUCCAUAACACAAUGAAGAACUACAAGUGCUUAACCAAUGAUUCCUCACUGGCUUCUGCUAUAUAUGUACCCUACUAUGCUGGCCUUGAUGUGGGUCAGUACCUCUGGGGAGGCUUCAAUGUUUCAAUCAGAGAUGCUUCACCAAAAGAACUAGUGAAGUGGCUGGCUCAACAACCCGAAUGGAAAAGAAUGUGGGGUAGAGAUCAUUUCAUGGUUGGAGGGAGAGUUGGUUGGGACUUCAGGAGAAGAACAGAAAAUAAUGAUGACUGGGGCACCAAGCUAAUGCUUUUUCCAGAAGCAAGAAACAUGUCAAUUAUGCUAAUUGAAUCUGGCUCAAAGGUCAAUGAGUUUCCAAUCCCAUAUCCAACUUACUUUCACCCCUCCAAGGAUAAGGAGGUUUUUCAGUGGCAGAAAAAAAUGAUAAAAGUGAAAAGGCCUUACUUGUUUUCAUUUGCAGGUGCUCCAAGGCCUAAUUCUAAUUCAUCAUCCUCCAUCAGAAAUGAGAUAAUCAAACAAUGCCAAUCCUCUAGGAGCUGCAAACUUCUAAGUUGCAAUGACGGUCAUAAUUAUUGCAAUGAUCCUGUGCAUGUUACAAAGGUGUUUCAGAGCUCAGUUUUCUGUUUACAGCCUCCAGGGGAUUCAUUCACUAGGAGAUCAACUUUUGACUCAAUUUUGGCAGGUUGCAUUCCUGUUUUCUUUCAUCCAGAAUCAGCAUAUAACCAAUAUUUGUGGCAUUUGCCCAGAAAUGGUUCUAGCUACUCUGUGUACAUACCAGAAAGAGAUGUCAGAGAGAAGAGAGUAAUGAUCAAUGAGAAAUUGUCUAGAGUUCCAAAAAGUGAAGUGUUGGCAAUGAGAAAGGAGAUUGUAAGACUUAUUCCAAGGAUAAUAUAUCGUUAUCCAAGUUCUAGAUUAGAGACCGUUGAAGAUGCAUUUGAUAUAGCAGUUAAGGGAAUUCUUGGGAGAAUAGAAGCAGCAAGAAGGAACAUCACAAAUGUCAAUUAUACCAUUUCCUAGCGUGCAGGAGAGAAGGAUGCUCAUGUUUCUUUUUGCCUCAGGUUCGAUUAUCAACUCAGGUGAAAUUACAAAUUAAAUAAAUAAAAUUCAAAAAAUAUAACCCUUUUCAAGAUGGAUUUUAAAGGCACUCUUUUAAGCACUUGGAAAGGUCUUGCAGGCAGAUGAUGUUGUUA